AUGAGCGUCAACGGUGAGGUCUCGUCCUCUGAAUCGUCCUGGCCAGACGAAGUCUGGCUCGACCCCAUUCGAGAUCAUGUCAAACGACGUGCUCAGUGGGAUCCUAGUGCAGACGACGGCUUGUCAGCUUACGGGGGCUCGACAAUCUCCGGCUCGUCCAUCGAUCAAGUCCGCAACGAUAUCCGCAACCUUCGUUUCUACAUUAAUGGCUCGGAUGAAUCGGGAAACGUAACGCCGGUGCCACUCAAGCAAAUGCGGGCGAACCAUAUACGCGAGGAGCGUCGAUGGGCACGGUUGUAUAAAGUGCUCAACGAGGAAGUGCAGCGCAAGCUCAUUUCUCUUCGUCUCAAAAUCAACGCAUUGGCCGACUAUGCGUGCCUCCCGACGGAGAUUUUGUGCCAAAUCUUUCUACUCGUCGCCGCAGACCCAACAAAUAAAUCGCACGUCCCAGUGCUUACGCUUACGCAAGUGUGUCGACACUGGCGCAAGGUAGCCAUUGCGACUCCCAUGCUCUGGACGUCGAUAUGGCCGACUAUGUCUGUCCGAGAUGUGGCUAGAAGUCUGAGAAGGUCCAAUGGGCUGGCGCUGGAUUUCACCAUUUCCGGCACACAGGGGAGCGCAAAUCACUGGGAGUACUUUCACGAACACAUUGGUCGUUGCAAGCGCAUCACCAUCAAGGACAUCCCACCCGAAUGGAUUGCCGACCUACAGCCUUGGCUAGACAAUCCCGCACCACUGCUAGAGGAGCUUGUGCUCUCCGCGGUGCCGUCGCAAUCGCCGAUCAGUGCCGACCUGGACUUGUCCUUCUUCGACCAGAACACGCCGCUUCUCAAGAAGGUCAGACUGGACACUAUCAUUCUCCCGCGAAGUAGCUUCCAUCUACUUCUCAACAUCACGCACUUGGAGUUUGCGUUUGGGCAUGGACCAAAGACCGGAUGCCAAAUCCCCUCGCAUCGCUACAUCCUCGAUCUCCUAGCGUGCGCGCCGCUGCUGGAGGACGCAGUGAUCGAGCGCUACGGAACGGAACACCAGCCGUACUUCCGAACAUUCCCACAAAACUACAAGGUGGAGAUGGUGAAGCUUCAGCACUUGAAGAGGCUAGCUGUCCAGGGACUGGCUCCUAUCGAACUCUUGUGGCUGGAGUUUCUCGAUAUCCCAAUGUCGUGCUGUGUCAAGAUUGGCAUUGACCUCGCCCAUCACAACAACAUUGCACCGCUGCUUGCUGUACUCGAGAAUCCGUCCGGUGGUCUUCGACCGCUUCUUCGCGUACAAGAGACGAUGUUCACCGGAUCAUCAGGUAGUACGAGCGACAAAGACAAGCUCGGUAUUCACCUUUGGGAUCCCGACUCGCAACUGGCCUUUGCCAUUGUUUUCCGUAGCCCUCAAUCUCGCGAGCAAGUCGAGCUGCUAAUCUGGCUGCUCAGCGUGACGCUGUUCAAACGGUAUACACCACGAUGUCUCGCGUGGAGUAACAUGAGCAGCAAGUUUAUCAUUGGCCCGGGCAUCUACAUCCGCAUAUUGAUGGACAGGCCAACAAUCACAGACCUGGCAUUCGACGACUGUGCCUUUGUUGCAGACGCACUUAGGCUGCUCACGGCGUCUGGGCUUGCGUCCCCGACUGCCACGACGCCGCCUGCUACAGGAAGAAGCGGCACUGGUACUCCUACUGGAGCAGAUGCGAGUGCGAGUGAUAUGCUUUGUCCAAACUUGGCGUACCUUGCUAUCUCGCGAUGCCGCUCGCUCCCUGGUCCAGUCGUCCUGGACUUGGCACGCGGUCGCGACUUGCGCGGUAAGACGCUUCGUAAAUUACGUAUUCGUAAUUGCGAUGCUGUCGGACGUAGGGCAGUCAGUGAUAUGCGCUGGCUUGUCGAAGACCUCGAGUGGGAUGGCGAACUUGAUUGGGAUGGUUUCUCUACCAUGGCCGAUCUGGAUCCGGAAGAAGUUCUUUGGCUGGACGACAAUGACGAUAACGAAGGACCUAUCGAGGUCGAACCGACGUCUGGUGAUGACGAAGAGGGCAAAGAGGAAGUAGAAGAGGAAGAAAAGGCCCUCCUAUUCCGACCAAACUUCUUGCUGGACUCAAACUUGGACCAGAAGGAUCGCGAUACUGUCUCACGUGAAGGCACUGUCGUCAGAACCAGGAAAGACAGCACCAGUCGGGAUACUGGCUCACGCGAGGGUACCGUCAUCAGGACCAGGAAGGACAGCACGAGCGCCAUUGGCAGGAGGGAGAGUACGGCCACAGCAAGGAAUAGCAUCAACGUGAAGAGGGACAGCACUGCUACCAUUCCCGCUGCUAUUUCAAUUCGGGAGAGAACCAGUGCGGCAGCAAUGUCACGACGAGAGAGUACAGGCGGAAUCACACGGCCGCAGAGUGCGGGCAAGCUUGCAAGAACAGAAAGCACUGGCGCCAUUACAGUCAUCCAGAUGCAAAUCUUUGUUGGCCAACUUGUGCAUACUUUGGAUCCUACGACGAUCCAGUAUUCCUCCCUGUCAGUUGUGGGCGUGUCCGAUAACGGUGUAAUCGACUUCGCUGUACAUGAUCUCUCACCAGGAGACGUCGAACGGAUAAUUCAAGAGCAGCUGAGCCAGAAGGCGAAUCUCGACAAGGGCUGGAAGGCCGAGAAUGUCAAGAGGACCGUGCUGGGUCAUGGAGAGUUUCUCGUUCCAGGGUUUGUCGAUACACAUACCCAUGCCCCGCAGUUUCCUAACAUUUGUCGCGGGCAGCAAUACGAGCUACUUGAUUGGCUGAAGUAUAUCACCUUUCCUGAGGAGGAGAAGCUUGCGGAUGUUGCCGUCGCGAAGCGUCUGUACAACGAAGUCGUGCGAAGGGUAAUAUCACUGGGCACGACAACGUGCUGCUACUACGGGUCUUUACACCUAGAGGCGACCAAGGUCCUCGCGGACGAAUGUCAGGCACAAGGCCAGCGAGCAUUUGUUGGCAAAUGUAAUAUGGAUCGCAAUGGCUCGCCGACAUACGUUGAGGCUUCAUGCUCGUCUUCUGUUGCCGACACUCGGUCCCUCAUCUCGUACAUCCAGUCAUUGCCCAAACUCCCAACGUCUUCGCCACUCGUCAACCCCAUCAUCACCCCCCGCUUCGCCAUCUCAUGUACCGACGAGCUUCUUUCCCAACUUGGAACUCUUGCCAAGGAGAACCCCGGCAUGCUCAUCCAAACCCACAUCUCUGAGAAUGCCUCGGAGAUUGCGUACACACAUGCGCUCUUCCCCAACGCACCGCACUAUGCCGGUGUGUACGAUACGCACGGUCUACUCCGCGACGGAACUGUACUCGGACACGCGUGUCAUCUGACCGAAGAAGAAGUCAAGCUGGUAAAGCAAAGGAACGCCGGUAUUGCGCAUUGUCCGACGAGCAACUUCAAUAUCCGCAGCGGCAUGGCCAACGUAGGCAAGUACCUCGACCGAGGAAUCAAGGUCGGUCUUGGGACGGACUGCUCUGGCGGGUAUUGUCCCUCUAUACUACGCACACUGCAGGAUGCAUGCGUGACGAGCAAGAUUCUUUCUCUUUCUACUCCUCCAAAACCACUCGAUUACAAGGAGGACCCAGAGAAAUUGGAAGGAAAGCAUCUUCCUAUCUCUACACUGCUCUACCUCGCGACACUAGGAGGCGCAGAUGUUUGUCUCCUCAAGGACAAAGUCGGCAACUUCGUAGUUGGUAAAGAGUUUGACGCUAUUGUUGCCAGUAUAACUGGUGACAAUACACCCGGAGAGCAAGGGAGGGCAAACCCGGCUGUUUGGUACUCCGCCGAUGACGAUAUUCAAACUCUUGUCGAGCGCUUCCUCUUUGGUGGGGACGACCGAAACAUCAAAGAGGUCUAUGUUUGUGGAAGACGGGUGGGUGGCUGGGGACAUUCUCAGUAG